CCCAAACUCUUCUUAAAAACCUCCCGUCUUGAAGCACCACCAGUUCCCGGAGGUAAUCAUUCCACUGAUUAAUUGUUCUCCCUGCAGACCUUUCUCCUUAAUUCCAGGUUGGAUCUCCCUUCGUUCCAGCCAAGACUUCAGAUUUAGGACUUCCUAAUUCCUUCUUGUUGACCAACCGAGUGUUCAGCAGCAGCAGCCAAAGGCCUGGGUGGUCUCCCGGGGUCCCCUGUCCAGGCUCUGGGCAUGAGCUCAGAGGGCCAAAACACCCCACUGGUAUUAAGGAAUCCUCUGUGUGUGUGUGUCUGUGUGUGUCUGUGUGUGUAUGUGUUCCCCUGUAACAGCUUUUACUGAAUUUUGUCUUGUGUGUUAAUUGCACCCGUUCCUAGACUGAGGGGCUCUGCUCACAAUCACUCAUGCUCUGUUCACUUCCUAGUUGGACUACUGCAAGGCACUCUAUAUGGGGCUGCCCUUGAAGAGUAUCUGGGCUGAAGAGUAUCAUUGGGUCUUCGGAGAUAGCAGAAGUCCCUGUUUCUUUGCAGCAUAAUCACUUUUCCCCUCUUAUUAUUGUAAUCUUCUCUUCUCCUGAUCUGGUUUUUUCCCCUUCAGUGGCUUCUGUUCUUGCCUUUUCUCCUCUCCUUUCCUAUGCUGCCCCCUCUCGGCUGAGUUCGUUUAUUGCCCUGAAGCCACAAUCUCUCCUGGGACCGAGAGAGGCUCGCCCGGGCCAACCCCCCCUUCCUGGGGGAAGUAUACUGCAAAAUCUCCAUUCCCACCCCACUCCUGGGGGGAAGGAUAUUGCAAAAUCUCCAUUCCCACCCCACUCCUGGGGGAAGGAUACUGCAAAAUCUCCAUUCUCACCCCACUCCUGGGGGAAGGAUACUGCAAAAUCUCCAUUCCCACUCCACUCCUGGGGGAAGGAUACUGCAAAAUCUCCAUUCCCACCCCACUCCUGGGGGAAAGGAUACAUUCCCACCCCACUCCUGGGGGAAGGAUACUGCAAAAUCUCCAUUCCCACCCCACUCCUGGGGGAAAGGAUACAUUCCCACCCCACUCCUGGGGGAAGGAUACUGCAAAAUCUCCAUUCUCACCCCACUCCUGGGGAAAGGAUACUGCAAAAUCUCCAUUCCCACCCCACUCCUGGGGGAAGGAUACAGCAAAAUCUCCACUCCCACCCCACUCCUGGGGGAAGGAUACAGCAAAAUCUCCAUUCCCACCCCACUCCUGGGGGAAAGGAUACAUUCCCACCCCACUCCUGGGGGAAGGAUACUGCAAAAUCUCCAUUCUCACCCCACUCCUGGGGAAAGGAUACUGCAAAAUCUCCAUUCCCACCCCACUCCUGGGGGAAGGAUACAGCAAAAUCUCCAUUCCCACCCAUCUGAGGGAAAAGGGGGCGGGGCUUUCCCAGGCUGAGCCUCUAUAAAAGAGAAAUUGCAGCGGAGAACAAAAGGGGCUGAGAUGUUCUCGGGUGAGCUGCGGUGACCGAGGCUUGGGGCCUUGGGGUGCGGGUGUAAAAGGCCAGGGGGCCUGGAGGGCGAUGCAGCCGCCACGGGCUCCCCUCUGGCUCCUGGGGGCGGUGCUGGGGGCCUCCUUGCCGGGGGGCUUCUGCGGCUCUCCCUCACACUCCCUGUGCUACUUCUACCUGCAACUGCCAGAGCCCAACCAGGGGCUUCCUCAGUUCUCCAUUAGGAGCUACCUGGAUGACCAGCCCAUCGCUCACUAUGACAGCCUCACCAGGAAGAUGGAGCCUCUGGUGCCCUGGAUGGAGGAGGUGGAGAAGGAGGCCUUUCUGGCCCCUGAAAGAGUCUUCAGGGCUGACCUGGAGAAGUUAUCAAAACUGGACCGCCGUGCUGGAGGGCUUCACACCUGGCAGGUGGUUUUGGGCUGUGAGCUCAGGGAAGACGGGAGCAAAGGAGGAUAUUUCCACUAUGGCUACGAUGGGUGGGACUUCAUCAGCUUCGACAAGGAGACCCUCAGAUGGGUGGCAGCUCAGCCCCAGGCCCAGAAGGUCAAGGAGAAGUGGGAGGAGGAUCCAGAAUGGACAGAGAAAAUUAAAGUCUACCUGGAGGAGACCUGCAUUGAGGAGCUGCAGAGAUACCUGUCCCACAAGAAGGAGGCUCUCCAGAGGACAGAGCCUCCAGUGGGGAAGGUGACUCACAGAGUGGUGGAUGACAGCCUGGAGGUCCUCAUCUGCCAGGCCUUUGGCUUCUACCCCAAGGAGAUCCGGGCCACCUGGACGAGGGACGGAGAGGUCUGCCAGUAUGAGACCCUCCAUAGGAACGUGGUCCCUAACUCGGAUGGGACCUAUUACAUCUGGCUCAGCAUUGAGAUCGACCCCAAGGAGAGGGACCGUUUUCAGUGUCAUGUGGAGCACGAGGGCCUGCAGGAGCCCCUGGUCUUGGCCUUGAAGGAGGAAACAGAGAAAGGGUGGUGGAUUCCUGUGGGAAUUGUGGCUAUCGUGAUCUCGGGAGCUGGGAUUCUCUUCCUGAUAAGUUGGUGGUGGGGAUGCAGGAAAAAACCACAUCAGGAAGAGACAAAUUGCUCUCAUCACGUUUGUCUAGAACUGCUUCCUUCUCCUCUGAAGAUGGGAUUCAGUCGUAGGUGAUGCUCCAUCCUAAAAUAACCGGAGCACAACACAACCUAUGGAGGGGAGAGGCCCCAAAAGACUAUCAGUUUCUAUGUUGCCCAGUGGAGAAGGGAAACAGCUUAAUAUUCUUUAGUACAACACAGUAACUGUGGUCAUUGCAUCUGUUGGUUGUGCUUACCCACUGGUUGACCUGGGACAGUCCAGUUUAAUGUAUUUUAAUGCAUGUAUUGAUAGACCAUUUUCAUUCAUGUAUUAAUAUAUUUAUUGCUGGUUUAACACCUAGAGAUUACAGUGGCAAGAUUCCUGGUAUCUACUGAUGAGGUUAUCCACUGGUUGAUCUGCUUUUGACCUGCAAUAGAUGAAAGUUGGACCAUCGACCUUCCUGCUGAAGGAUGCCUGUCCGUGAAGGUGAUGGACGAGAUGCUGGUACCCAAGUGGCUUAGGGAUGAUUUCAGUGUAGGAAAGCUAUUGAUCAGGUCAAGGUCUCCCACACCUCCUAAGCUUUACUUGAACUUUAGCCGUAACUAUGAUUACAGAAGAUGGACAGUAUAUAUAAUAUUGCUCUUAGUGAUUGGUGUAUGACUGGUUCAUGGCAAGUUGUGCUUUCCAAAACUGUAUAAAAGGGCGUCCUCUGUGGAGCAAGGGGGGGUCCCAUUUUGGAACUCGCUUCUUUAUAAAUAAAAGUCUUACACUUUUCCACCUAUCAGGUGUGGUUGUUGGGCUUGCAUGCCAGGGAAAGGAACUCCCAGUUUUUCCCAAGUAGCCUUUGAGCUUUUAUGUUACAAAAAUAUGGCAAAAGAUCUUUAAAAAUAGUUGUUUAUAGAACAAUUGGGCAAAAGAAUGUGCGGAGAAUCAGUUUCCUGAGGCAGGAAGAUUUCAGUUUAACAAGUUUAACAAACAGGUGUGGGAAACUUACCAUGGGUGGGAAGGGAGGGUCAUUUUAAAGAGGCCCCACAACAACUGGAGAAAAAGAAUCCAACCCAGAGGUGGUUUUAAGCAGGUUUGGACCAGUUCUGGAGAACCGGUUGUAAAAAUUCUGACUGGCCCCGCCCCCAUCUAGUCUCUGCCUCCCAAGUCCCAGCUGAUCAGGAGGAAAUGGGGAUUUUGCAGUAACCUUCCCCUGGAUUGGGGAGGGAAUGGAGACUUUACAGUACGCCCACCAAGCCACGCCCACAGAACCGGUAGUAAAAAAAAUUUGAAACCCACCCCAGGUAUUUGUUCCAUAGAGCCCCGUGCAAUUUCUACCACCUCUUUCUCCAGCUCCCUAAGCUAGAACGUGAACUUUUAGGGUCCCAAUGGGAGUUAAAGGCCACACUGGAGGCCUAGCAAUCUUUCCCAGUGACCUCGACCAGAGAGACCAAAGUGGGGAGGCAGUGUACGUUAUGGGUCCCCUCCCUUAAGGAGGUCCAUCUAAUGGGACCGAGGAGGAGAUCCUUCUGCUUGGUGGUUCCUUCCCUGGGGAACCUCAUCCCCAUGGAGAUAAGAUUGGCCUCCACCUUGAUACUCUCUCCAAAUGCCCUGGUUUUGCUUUGAUUUGGGGGCUGGGGGUGGGCAGAGCUAUUGGUUUGGUUGUUUGUCACCAGGAAGGUGGGGGGGUUUAUUGAGUUUUGCCUUUGGGGUUUUUACAUCUGUCAGCCACCUCCAGUCAAUGAGCUCUGCCUUCCAAAUCUGACUCAUUUGCAAUGCAGGCUGGGUCUGGCAUUCACUUCACCCACUCAGCCUCAGGGAUUCCUGCCCUUUAUUGUCCCCCUCGCGGAAGUGGGUGUGACUCAGGAGCAAGCAGCAGAAGAGAAUUCAGAAUAACGGAGUUGGAAUGUGUGUUGGAGGUCAUCUAGUCCAACCCCCUGCUCAAGCAGGAGACCCCAUGCCAUUCCAGAUAAAUGGUUGUCCAAUCUCCUCUUUAAAACCUUAAAAACCUCCAGUGAUGGACACCCACAGUUUCUGGAGGCAACUCAUUGUUCUCACUGACAGGAAAUUUCUCCUUAAUUCUAGGUUCGAUCUCUCUUUGUCCCAGCCAAGAAUUAAGAUUUAGGACUUAACAAAUUCCUUGUUGUUGUUGACCAACCGAGUGUUCGGCGGCAGCAGCCAAAGGCCUGGGUCUCUCAAGGUCCACUGUCCAGGGUCUGGGCAUGAGCUCAGAGGCCAAAACAUACCACCGGUGUUAAGGAAUCAUAUGUGUGUCUUCCCCUGUAACAACUUUUGUUGAAUUUUGUCUUGUAGGUUAUUUGCACCCGUUCCUCGAUUGAGGGGCUCUGUUCAGAAUCAGUGAUGUUCUAGUCACCUCCCGGUAGGACCUCUGUAAUAGACUCUAUAUGGGGCUGCCCUUGAAGAAGCCUGGUUUAGCUCAACAGACAGAAGCACUGUAAUUUAACACCAGCUGUCUGCAAUUAAAGUAAGAUCGAAUCCCGCCAGGCUCAAGGUUGAUUCAGCCUUCCAUCCUUUCUAAGGUAGGUAAAUUGAGGACCCAGUUUGUGGGGGCAAUAAGCUGACUUUGUAUAAAAUAUACAAAAGGAUGAAGGCUAUUGCUUAACGCACUGUAAGCCACCCUGAGUCUCCAGAGAAGGGCGGCAUAUAAAUCAAAUUAAAAAAAAAAAAAAAAGAGUUUCCAGAAGCUUUAGCUGGUGCAAAAUUGUUGGAAGAAAUAUCCUUCUGGGUUCACCUCCAAGUGGGGAAAAAGACACUGGAAAUAUGGAGACUGCUUGGAAAGAUGGUUUAAUGGUGGACAGGAUCACAUGGUUUGAGUUCCUGAACAGAAAAAGGGGCCAAGACAGAGCGAAUCCCGGGGUUUUAUGCUUUCUCUGGCUUUGAACUUCCUGGGGCCCCAAAAGAGCAUCCUGAUUGGUUGUCAGACUCCCAGGGGGUGGGGGUCUUAGCUAGCCUUGCUGAUAGAUGUAAUCUUCCCAGGUGCCAUGUGGUGAGUUGCUGUUGCUAUUGUGUUGCAGAUGGGUCCUAUUGUCAAAGAUUGAGUUUCUGCCUCUGGCCCAUUAACAAAGGGGGGUUGGGGGGGGGAGGCAGGAAGGUGGGAGUUGCUUUGUCUUUAAAACAUGUUUCUCCAUUUCUCAACCAGGGGAACAUAAUAUUCUGCCUUUUUAAUAUUUCCUAAAAUAUUUCAUUCUUCUAGGAAAGGGGUGGGUGCUAACUUCCUACAAAAUGAAGUGGCACAGGCAGUGACGUGAGUUUCCAAAAGAACAGACUUUAUACCUCUGCUCUGAGAGUCACACUGCUUGUUCAGGCUGCUUCUGGGUCCAGUUCAGAGCAUGGUGAGGUGGAGGCACAGCCCCAGCUGAGUUCUGACAUCUCCCCGUCCAAAUAGACAGGAAGAGCCAGGAGAAGCCUGGAAAGGGAAGAGGGUGAAGGGCAGAAUUGGGGGAAGGGAGGAUCUGCAGCUCCAGCUCUUCCUUUCAGGCGAUUGUGAAAAGAUUUGACUUCACAGCUGUGGAAGCUGGAUCGCAGCCAGAAGACGCCCCCCUCCCUCCUUCAAAGACCUCGGCUGGAGACUUUCCCAGUUUGGGAGGAUGGGACUGGAGGGAAGCUCAGCCGUUAACUGGAAAGGGCUGGUCGUGAGGGGGGGAGGGGGAGGGGGAGGAGGUGGUGGUUAGAAUUUUGAACAGUCUCCUUUCACUUUCACUCUUGGCUCAGAAAUAUGAGAAAACCCUGAAACUCCUUAAAGAGGGAGGAAAGAAAGGCAUUUUCUUGCGAAGGAGGCAUUUCCGAGGCCCAGCCAGGGACAGCGCCUCUCUCCCUUCCCUCCCCGCUUUCCCCCUCCCCCAUUGCAAGACUCGCUGAGGGGACCCUGAACCUGUGGAGAAGGGCUGGCACUUAACGCUCGGAGGAUGCGGUGCAGGGGUGAAAUCCUACUGGUUCGGACCGGUAUUAUGGGCAUCAGUUCGCCGAACUGGUUGUAAUUACCCCUCCUUGGCCUCACUCAUGCCCAGGUGCUCACCUCUUCCAGCCACUGGAUAUUCCAUAGAAUUCAAUAUUAAAUGCAGCAGAGAGAAUGCUAACUUUUCUCCCCCCCCCCAUUGAGAAUGGAGCUGCUGCCGCCUGUCCCUUUGAGGUAGUCCCCAGGAGGGAGGGAGCCGGGAGGGAACCAUAAAGGAAGCAGCAGCUCCGUUGGGAAUAGAGGGAGAAAAGUUAGCAUUCUCUCUGCCACAGAAUUCAAUGGUUAAAUGCAGCAGAGAGAAUGGUAACUUUUCUCCCUCCAUUCACAAGGGAAAUGUUGCAGAAAAUCAAAGGGCUUAGACUUCGAGUUCACAAGAAGCUUUAUUUGGCCAAAGGUUCAGACAGAAAAGAUAAACCAUCUAACAUCUGAACAACGUUCUGAUUAAGACACGCAUUCUCAUAGUCUUCAAAAGCAGCAAAAACACGGAAAUAUGUGAAAUCAUUCCUAUUGGCUAAGCCCCUUAUUGCUGGGCAGAAAAGCUGAUGAUAUCUUGUGCCUGAGACACAGGUGUCCAUGCUGUCCCAUGUGGUUUUUAGUUCUGCAUUUUGACAUGGAAGUAAGAAAGUUAGCUAACUCUGCGGUUUGACUUUUUGAACUCAGAAACUGUCUCUUACAAUAACUAGCUCGAGGGACCUUUAGAGAUCAUCCAAGCCAACCCCGUAUCAUUUCACUCUUGUAUCCAAAUCUCACUUUACGUCCUACUUUAGAGCUGCUGCAACCUGUCCCUUUUAAGGUAGUCCCCAGUAAAGUGAAUAAUGUGAAUAAUAGAAUAAUGUGAAUAAUGUGAAUGGUAUAAGGUCAGCUAUAUGAACACUGGAGGAUCCUCUUUAUUCACAUUAUUAUAAAGAAAGAAAUGUGCUUGUUCAGAGUGUAGGAAGUUUGCACCCACCCCUUUCCUGGAAGAGUGAAAUAGUUUAGGAAAUAUGAAAAAGGCAGAAUAUUAUAUUUCCCUGGGAGAAGCAGCUCCCACCUUCCUGCCCCCCACCCUUUGUUAAUGGGACAGAGGCAGAAACCCAAUCCUUUGUCAAAGGACAUUUGCAACACAAUAGCAACAGAAACUAACACAAUGGGACCCAUCUAGCCGAGGCUCACCACAUGGCACCUGGGAAGAUUGCAUCAGCCAGCAAGACCCCCACCCCCUGGGAGUCUGACAACCAAUCAGGAUACUCUCUUGGGGCCCCAAGAAAUGCAGAGCCAGAGAGAGCAUAAAAACCGGAGGAUUUACUGUAUCUGCCCCUUUUCUGUUCAGGAACUCAAGCCAUGUGAUCCUGUCCACCAUUAAACCAUCUUUCCAAGCAGUCUCCAUGUUUCCAGUGUCUGUUUUCCCCACUUGGAGCAGAACCUAGAAGGAUGUUUCUUCCAACAAGAGAUUACACUGUCAGCUAAAUUCCAUUCUUGGCAGCAUAUCUUCUGAGGGGCCUAUCUGUCAAGGAUGCAGAGACAUCCAUCUAAAACAAAAACUUAAUUUAUUAAUCCAAGGCCAGCCAUGAAUCUACGCAUCAGCGGAUACAGAACUAAGGAGGAUGUGUAGGAAGUUAGCACCCACCCCUCUCCUGGAAGAGUGAAAUAUUUUAGGAAAUAUGAAAAAGGCAGAAUAUUAUAUUUCCCUGGGAGAAGCAUGUUCCCUGGGAGAAGCAGCUCCCACCUUCCUGCCCCCCACCCUUUGUUAAUGGGACAGAGGCAGAAACCCAAUCCUUUGUCAAAGGACAUUUGCAACACAAUAGCAACAGAAACUAACACAAUGGGACCCAUCUAGACGAGGCUCACCACAUGGCACCUGGGAAGAUUGCAUCAGCCAGCAAGACCCCCACCCCCUGGGAGUCUGACAACCAAUCAGGAUACUCUCUUGGGGCCCCAAGAAAUGCAGAGCCAGAGAGAGCAUAAAAACCGGAGGAUUUACUGUAUCUGCCCCCUUUUUCUGUUCAGGAACUCAAGCCAUGUGAUCCUGUCCACCAUUAAACCAUCUUUCCAAGCAGUCUCCAUGUUUCCAGUGUCUGUUUUCCCCACUUGGAGCAGAACCUAGAAGGAUGUUUCUUCCAACAAUUGGCGAGCCAGUGGGACUCCAAGCUAACCUAACCAAUGGACCAGGCCCAGGUAAGCCUCCCUUGCUAGCAGCAGACCCAUUGAGUCUGUGGGUAGGUUUUUGUGGACCUUGGCCAUUUGGAACUAGGUUUUAAAGGGGUUUUGAGUUUGAGCUCAAAGGCUGCUUGGAAAGAAGGUGAGUACCUCUAAAUUUUAAUUUUGAAGUAUGGAAAAGCAUGGGAAAUUUGUGUAUGCCUGCAUGUGUGUGAGUGAAGGCCCUUCUCCCAAGUACAGCUGGAUCUUGCUUCCUCUGUGCAUUUCCUAGCCGCAGAAAGACUAACAGUCUGGAGAGCAUGGGGGUUUUGCCAGAGCACAGGACCUUCUGUUAGGAAAGAAGGAAGUGUGUGUGUGGGAUUCCACCUGGAAAACAGUCAGAUUUCACCUCUUUGAGUGACCUCUAGCCGCCCCUCUGCCUACUGCUAGCUCCACCGAGCCAUGACCGGUAGGAUAGAGAAAGCAAGGGGGGGUUGCCAAACGUGGAACUUUGUGUUUAAAAGGAAUGGAAGCCGAGCGAACAGAAGCGUGUGAAGAGGGGGGUAAUAAAAUUGUGAAAGGGAAACCCGGUUUUGUCCAGCCCAGACACGGGGCGAGCAUGUGUUUGUGAAAGAGGAGGUGCCCACACCUGGCUGCAGGGGUCAGCAGGUCCUCGUGGAUCCCCUUUUUGGAUCCGAAAAGUUGUGGUGAUUCCCUAGAGGAAGGGGCCCAUACUUCGCAAGGGAAUCGAAGUCCUUCCCAGAGCUUUUUCCUCUGAAAACUGAGAGCGUGCCACCCGGCUAAGUCGAAGUGAUCCUUCCGGAGAAAAGGAAAGGGUCAUGGGUAGCGAUAGUUCGCGGGUGGCGGGGACCCCAGUAGAUGAAGUGCUCGCGGCCUGGGACGCCAGGCGGGUGCCCAUAUUGAGGGGCAUGGAUAAAAGGAAAUUAGGAAAAUUGUGUCAAAAAUGGGCUUUGCUAAGAGAUAACACCGGGAGACAAAUUUGGCUAAAUAAAGGUACUUAAAAGAAAAGGGAAAUAUAUAAAUAGGAAUGUUGGGGGUUUUGUUUGUUUUGUUUGUUUGUUUGUUUGUCUCUGUCUUCUAUGCAACCACGUGGUAUGUUUAAGAUUUGUGCCUUCCCUAAUUUAACUGAGAUUGACAUGGGAAUGAUCAGUAUGUGUGAAAUCUCAGAGUUCUGCUUUCUUCUCUUUGUCCUUCUUCUCUUCAUGUGUGUGUGUCUAAGUCUUUGUGCGCCCUCGAGGUAAUUGUAACUGUAAAAUGUAUCUGAUCUCUAGAGACAAGAAUUUUAAAUUGUUAGAAAAGGGGGAAAAAAAGGUUGAAACAAUGAAAAUGGGGGAGAGAGAGAAAAAAAAGAAAGAAAGAGCCUUUGCCCUGUGUUUGUCUGGCCAACAAAGACAGAGUAAGGAGACAUUUUAUUUCUGGUUUUUUUCUCUCCUUCCCUCUCUGUAUCUUAAAGUAACAACUCAAGUUUAUGAGGAAACGUUUUAAGUUCAUUUACAAGAAAAAAAAAUCAGUCUUGCAUUUACUGUAUGUGUUUAAAUGGGUUUACCUGUUCAUCUCUUUCCUGAAGCAUGUGAAUCCAGUUUUUUUUCUUAUCUGUUGUGUUUCCAUUUUGUUGAAACUGCAUUAUCUGUUUAGUAACUGCAAUACUGUUGUGUUGUUUCUUUUCAAACUCUGCCUGCAAGCUAUCUACCCCCCCCCAUCUGUAAUCCUGUUACAAUGGCUUUCCUGGGAAGAUUACCCACAAAAAGGGGGAGGGGACCCUGUUCUAAUGUCUUUCAGCCCUGCACAAAGGACUCUGCAACCUGUGGAAGCAGAGCACAUGGAUCCAGAUGCUGCCUCCAGAGGAGACCUUCCAUUUGAUUGAACCAGGAAUUGGAUUUGAAUCCAGCCUCCACUGAAAGUCAUCACAGCAACCAGAGUGGAGCAGUUCUUCCCAAGCCUGACUGACCAGCCUUACCACCAAGCAUGCUACCCAGCAGACAUGAAAGAAAAGACCCUGAGAUGUACAACACCAAAAGACUCUUUUCAAUCCUCAGAAGACAGCUGGAAAGACUAUGGGGGAGGGUGGAAAUUCAUUGUAAGGUUUUCUUUCUUGUCUCAUUUAUAUUGUAAUCAGUUUAUUGUAAGAAUUGUAUUUGGGAGUGAUUGCCACAGCAAGUUAUGUACACUCUAGAUUUCUGUCUGGUGGAGAGGAGAAAUAUGUCCAAAAUGUUUGUAUUGCCUGUAUUGUAAAAGUAGCUGCAUACACAUGCACACACAGAGAGACACACACUAUUCAGAAUUAGAUUGAAACUAUUCCCUUCCCUUACCUCCACACAAAGCUUCUCCUAGGUUGAUUUUUGCUCUGUAGCACUAAAAGCCCAAGUAGUCAUAUCUCCCUGCUAAUUCCAUGGGGAAGGAAGCAAUCCCCCUCAGGCAAUUCCCUCACUUGAAGAGAUAGCAGAAAAGUGAUCUCCAAAACCCAAGCCCUGACUGUGACUUACAAAUGAUGCUGCCCAGUUGCCCAGUAAAGGAAGAUAUAUUGCACUGGUGGUCUCAUGAGUAGAAAUCCCAGGGCUCAUUAUGUGUAACACCAAAAAAAAAAAAAAAGAAUAGAUAUUGUACACUGGCUAACCUCAAUUUGGACUCACAAAUCCUGGAUGCAAUAAAGUAAGAGCUAGGGCAGGUUCAGUAACCAACCCAUGAAAUGGGCAGCCUGUAAUUUAAAGGAAAACUAUGGCUGUGAAAAAUUUUGGGACAUGUGCUUGCUUGAAACCUGACUGGAAGCUCACAGAAAGUAAUAUCUGAAGUCUGAAAUUAAUUGGCAUGGAAAAUUGGAUACUGUAAAAUUCUUACCAGAAAUUUUUUCCUGGCUGCUAGACCUUCAUGGUUGAAAGCUUUUGGAAGCCACUGAAGGAAUCCUUUUCUGUUGCCUCUAUCAAUGCCUCCCCUUUGCAUUAGAAAAUUAAAAGCACCCAUUAAGCCUCCCUGAUGUGAUCAAUUUUAAUCUUUUGCCAAGAACUUGUUUCAAAACUCACGUUUUGAAAAAAAAAAGAGUAGGGAUUGUAGGAAGUUAGCACCCACCCCUCUCCUGGAAGAGUGAAAUAUUUUAGGAAAUAUGAAAAAGGCAGAAUAUUAUAUUUCCCUGGGAGAAGCAUGUUCCCUGGGAGAAGCAGCUCCCACCUUCCUGCCCCCCACCCUUUGUUAAUGGGACAGAGGCAGAAACCCAAUCCUUGUCAAAGGACAUUUGCAACACAAUAGCAACAGAAACUAACACAAUGGGACCCAUCUAGACGAGGCUCACCACAUGGCACCUGGGAAGAUUGCAUCAGCCAGCAAGACCCCCACCCCCUGGGAGUCUGACAACCAAUCAGGAUACUCUCUUGGGGCCCCAAGAAAUGCAGAGCCAGAGAGAGCAUAAAAACCGGAGGAUUUACUGUAUCUGCCCCUUUUCUGUUCAGGAACUCAAGCCAUGUGAUCCUGUCCACCAUUAAACCAUCUUUCCAAGCAGUCUCCAUGUUUCCAGUGUCUGUUUUCCCCACUUGGAGCAGAACCUAGAAGGAUGUUUCUUCCAACAGAUGUUUAGCUAAAAUUAUCUUGUGUACUAUAAAUUAAGGCAGGAAUUUAGUAAUUAAAAAGUGUCAAUUAUCAUGUAACGGAUGUAUGUUAACCAUAUAUGGAAAACUGCUGUGCCAGCAAAGUCCUUUGCCUUGGAUAUGUACAAAAGCAGUUGUAUCAGAACUCUUCCUUUGUUCAGAAUUGCAGAUACAAAUCUGGUUCUGAAACUGCGCAAUAAACUGACUCUGGCUGACCAAG